AUGUUUAAAAUUACCGCUAUCCUUUCUUUAAUGCUAAUCGCGACUUGGUCGCAGGCGGCGUCGCGGCGAUUUAAGAAGGACGCGACAGCUUCUGAUGAUUUCGACGCAGGUACCACGCUCUGGGCGGCGAGCUUGUCGUGCGACUCGUGCGGUAAUGAGUGCACCUCAGCAUGCGGCACCAGACACUUCAGGUCGUGCUGCUUCAACUACUUGAGGAGGAAACGGGGACCCGAAUCCGUCAAGAUCUGGACUCCGAGUGUCCGCGACAAUGACUUGGACAGCAUCACUAGGCCCAGAUACCCCUUCUUCGUUGUCCAGAACCUCCCCGAGCAGUGGCUGGCAAACUUGCCCUCCGAUUAUAAGCCUUACGAUGAUCUCGACACCCGACAAUCGUACGACGCCUAAACAAUAACGGACUAAGGCUGCAAUACCAUAAGAUGUUUAUUUGAGACUUCUAAAGCCAAAGAAGGAUGUAAAUUUUUGGAUUCCUUGUGUGUUUUAGCUCAAGUUUA